AUGAAGUCAAUUCUGCCUCGUAAUCUUGCAGCGCCGUCGUCCGCCGUGCUAAACUUCCUGCGAUCCCAAGUCCGCAAUGCUUUCCAACCCAACGUCGCGCCACGGUGCACCGCCUUCGGAGUUCAGAGUGCUAGGGGAAUCGCGACAUGUGCAAAAGAAGGAAUCCUGAAUAAUAGUUCAGCGGGGAGAAAUGGGGCUUUUGGCAGAUUAUACAAAGAUACUGGCUUGAAGGCUAUUGCGUCACCAGUCGAAGGUGUCGAGCCUCAGUCGCGAUGCACAUCGCUUGCUACCAUUCAGCCACGGAUCGCUGAAUCACGAGCAACAAAUCAUCUAAUCGUACCAAGAGACACCUGCCAUAGAGCAUUCUCUACGACUGCAACGGACCAUGCCUCCUGGCUUCCUUUCCGACAGAGAAGGCGACAACGCGCCCCGUCAAUCCCUACACCCUCGCCACCUUUGUCGAGUUUCUUAGAUGACGCUACCCCCAAUUCACUGAACGGUAUUGGCGGACUUGGACGAGUGUCCAGGAGCGCAAAUGAACUGAAGAUGCGCUGUACGGAGCUCGAUGAGCAUGGCAAUGUGACAAUGGUCAGCGGAGAGUUCAAGAAGAGUGAACUUAUUGCAAAGUAUGGUCUUCUCCCUCGCGACCUCCGCAAGAUUGACUCCUCUCUCCUCCCUCACAUCCUCGUACGACCCUCUGCGAUCUUGAUCAACUUGCUCCAUCUGCGUGUUCUGAUCAAGCACAACCGCGUCCUGGUCUUUGAUGCCUAUGGAACUACAGACUCGAAAUCGCAGUCCGUGUUCAUGUAUGAUCUGGAUUCAAAAUUGCGCCAGAAGGAAUCUGUCACCAGCGGGACCCUCGCGUACGAAUUCCGCGCCCUGGAAGCCGUUUUGAUAUCUGUGACGUUAGGUCUCGAGAAGGAACUCGAAGGCGUUAGCGAACCUGUCGUGAAAGUUCUCAUGGAGCUGGAAGAGGACAUUGAUCGCGACAAACUACGCUACCUCCUCAUCUAUUCCAAGAAGCUCGGUAGUUUUGAGCAAAAAGCACGCCUUGUGCGAGACGCCCUGACGGAGCUGUUGGAAGCAGAUGAUGACUUGUCUGCCAUGUAUUUGAGCGACAAAGCCGCGGGGACGCUCCGAGAUGAACACGACCAUACGGAAGUCGAGAUGCUUCUUGAGUCCUACCACAAGGUUGCCGAUGAAAUCGUACAGGCGGCAGAGAAUUUGGUUUCUAGCAUUCGCAACACUGAAGAGAUUGUCAAGGCCAUCCUAGAUGCCAACCGCAACUCGCUCAUGCUUCUCGACCUCAAGUUCUCCAUUCUCACCCUAGCAAUAACCGCAGGAACCUUCGUGGCCGCCCUCUACGGCAUGAACUUGAAGAACUUCAUCGAAGAAUCCGACAUAGGCUUCUUCGGCAUCUCCGCCUGGUGCACCGUCUUCGGCACCAUCGUCGCCAUCUACGGUCUCGGAAAGCUGCGCAAGGUACAACGCGUCAGCAUGUGGGGUCACGGCGGCGGCGCGAAAUCCACGUCUGGAUGGGGACUCGGUCUCUGGGGCGGCAGAAGCUCGCGCAUCACGGACGAGGCCUCGCUCGGUGCGUGUACCCCGAGACUGAGGGCCGGCGAGACGGUGGGCGACCUAAUUCUUCGGGAGCGCGCGGUCGCGAAGAGGUUGGCCAAUGCGGAGAGGAAGGCCGAUGAUGCAUUCAAUCAUUAG